AUGUGGAUCUCUCUUUCUGCCACUCUUUCCUGGAUAUAUAUCCUUUCCUAUUUUGUCCUCGUCCAAUCCAGUUCCCACGCCCACCGGGACCAUGCUGCCCAUCAUCGAGCGUUUAUCUCCCCUCGGGGCGAGGCGGCUGUUUUGCCCCCAAAUGUGGCGGCGCACAACGCGACCUCGAGCGAGAUUGCAACCCCCCGUCAGAUAGUCAGAGAGGCCGUUGCGGAAAUGACCAAGCGGAAUCAAGCCCGUCUUGCCCGCCCGUCACGUAACAACCACUCUAUGAAGCCGGGGACAAAGCUGGGUAAGCGUGACGACGUGGCUGCACCGCCGCCUCUACUCAAUAUCACCGACCAGAUUGCCCGCGCGGCAGCGCUGGUGGCCGAGCUCGAAGCAGGUGGCUCGGCUGGUGGAAUCUACACCAAGUUAUACCGGAGGGCGGGAACAUUCUGGAUGGAGGGGAUCGCGCGAAAGGGUGCCAUCCCGUCUUUCGACAUGUCGUCAACGACUAUGGGGCUGAUCCCACAGGUCAAAGAGUCAGAUUCUACGGCAGCAAUCCAAAGGGCCAUCGAUGACGGCAAGCGAUGUGGCGCCGCUUGCAAUGGGGCCACUACCAAAAAUGCCAUCGUAUAUUUCCCUCCCGGAACGUACCUUGUGUCUAGCUCGAUUAGCAUUUACUUCGGCACUCAGAUCAUUGGUGAUGCAAAUAACUGGCCAACCAUCCGAGCCGCCUCGAGCUUUGUCGGUCUCGGAGUCUUGUCCACGGACGUCUACGUUGAUAACGGUGGAGACGGGCCCGAUGGCAAUGCGCUGGAGUGGUAUAUCAACACGGCGCGGUUGUAUAGCCAGAUUCGCAAUUUGAAGAUCGAUAUCACGGCAAGCAAUCCGGGUGCCUAUGUGGCCGCACUCCACUAUCAGGUGGCCCAGGCGACGACAAUUGAGAAUGUUGAGAUCAUCGCAGGUUCUGCCACGACUCAGCAAGGCAUGUACGCGGACAAUGGUAGCGGGGGCGUCAUGUCAGACAUCACUUUCACCGGCGGCAACUUCGGGAUUUAUGGAGGCAGUCAGCAGUUCAGUGCCGCGCGGUUGACCUUUAAUGGCUGCAAUACUGCAGUCGAAGUCUCUGGGACUGGGGUUGGGUGUGGGAAGAGCAUCACGGUCAAGAACGCCAAAGUUGGAUUCCGACUAUACAACGAUGCCAACGGGCAGAUCCCAGGCUCGGUGACCAUUAUCGACUCGGUAUUCUCCGGUACCGAGUCUUUUGCGAUGGAGAUGGCCGUCCCAGUUGAUGUCGUGGACUCCGGCUUCACCGGGUUGGUUUUGGAUAAUGUCCGGCUGGAUCGUCCGAUCAAAGACCAUUGGAGUGACAAGCUGAUCCUCUCUUCCGGAUUACAAGAGUGUAUGUUGCUACCCUAA